GAGGACUGAUUAAGAACCUGAUUUAGGGGAUGCUCCUUUAACACCAAAUCAUGACCCUCAACUGUUUCCAAUGAACCUGUUCACCUGUGGAAUGAUCCAAACAGAUUUCUUUGGAGCAGUCCAGACUUUUGUUGACCUGGCCCAACUUCUCUGACACAUGUUGUAGAACUUGCUCCAUAUUGAGUAAGGAGAGUCCACAGACACAUCACCAUCAGGUAAAUAAAUGUUAAAGCCUGGACGAGGUGGCAAAGACUUGAAUGUGGGUGAUCAGAGCUGUCUGUGGGAGGGAUAACUUAAUUGUUUUAGUGAUUUUCACCUCAUCUGAUCUGCAGCAGGACCUUUUAGUGACAUGACACACCCUGUGAAGGUGUGAGACAUCAGGGAGAGGUUAAAUGGCACAUUUAAUAAAAAAUAUAUAUAUGAAAACAAACUUAAGAGCAGGUUUGCCUCACAUUUAUACAGUACAGAAAAGUAGUGCCAUUAAGGUGCAACCACUGUGGUGUGGUGAUGCUGUUUUCUGCAUGAGAUUGUGUUUGUUUGUGUAUGAGCAAAUGUGGUUUCACAGGCUCUUGAGGUCAAUGAGGGACAGUCAGUGGAUGUGGACUCAGCUGUGGUUGACUGUGAACUUUCGCGGUUGACGUCACAGGUUACUCAUUUGGUUGUUUAGAUUUACAUACUAACAAGAACUGUUUCUAUUUUAUUUUUCUCUGGAAUAGUGAAAAAACGAUAAUGACAUUUCAACCGACAAUCAACCAGUCACUAGAUCAGUUUGGUAUCAACUCAAACACUUUUAGUAUGAAGCAACCACUUAGCUUUUUCUGCUUUUUAGGUAAACAGAUGAUAAAAGGACCUAAUGGUCAAUAUUCAGUAGUUUGAAUUGUGGGCUGUGUCCUCCUUACUAACAGGUAAAUCACUCUCCAGCUGCUGUAAAGAAGAGAGGUGAUAAUCACUGGAAUGUGGCACUUUAAUGGGUCAUUACAGAAAACAAUAGAUUUUAAAGCAGGACCGUUUUUAGUCCAAGAUUAGCUUCAUUCACACAAACAGGUUCUGGAAAGUUCUGUGUUUGAUUUAAGGAUUUAAGAAGGGUCCAUUUGUUUAACAUGAAGAGAUGCCUCAAUAUCACAGCUUAUACAAUUUUCAAAUGGUGUGUUAUGUGAACUGUCAAAUGUUCAUGAUAGCCAAGCUCGAUUAUAUCUCUACUUCUAAGAAACAUAGUGUCAGACUUGAUAUCAUCUUAACCCACAGAAGCCAAACUAUGAGCAUCAUACAGUCAGUGUUUAUCAUUCAUCGAAUUUAAUCUGAAAUCCACCAAAAUCUUCAUGACUAUGAGUUUGCUAAGUUUGUGACUCUGACCCCAGUUCAGCUGAGCCCACACCUUCAAUCAGAGAGGUAAGCCCAGCAGUUAUUGUUUCAGUCCUACAGCCCUCCAUCUGCAUGUACCUAAACCUGUUUCUGCACAAAGCAUCAGAUCAGGUAACAUGCUGCUGAAUCUGAAUGAGGAUUACUGAUGGAAAUGAGCCCAGUCAUUAUGAGUGUCAGGUUUGAUGUGCUGACUGCUGCUCUGUGAUUAGACUGCCUGUUUAAACCUCUCCGUCUGUGUUGUGUAUUAACAGAGCAGUUUUGUGGAAGCUGAAAAUCAACAGUCUCACAUGUUGAAACACAAAAAUGAGAAGCUGAAAGAAAGACUGAAUAUUUUCAGUUUUUUUUUCAAUCCAUGAGUUGAAUGCAGAAUAGAGAGAGACAGGUUUGACCUGAGACCAGCACACACCUGAAGGUAGUUAUCAGCUGAGAUUUGUCUGCUGCUGCCGUGUGAAAACAGCUUCAGUGUGAGUAGUUUCAAACUUAUCUACAAGAAAACAAAAGAAAAGUAUUGACAUAUUGAAUGAGUAAUGUUACUGAUUUUAUAAAGUUUAUAUAUCUAUUUAUUUUCAUGUUUAAUCCUGAACUCUUUUGUAUGACUCUGCAAAAGUUACUUAUGUAAAGCUCUCUAGAUUUUUAUGCUUAGACAGAGGCUCCUUUAAAUUGGCACACUUUUAAAAAAUUUUAUUUCAAUGAGUUAGUAAUUUUUAAUCUCCAGACAAAACAAAGUUUCUGCAAACAAAGACACAAGGUUCAUCAUGUCAACCUUAGAUCAGUUUAAAAUAAGAGUCUGAAUUUCAUAUAUGUAGUUGAUUUAGAUAUACUUCUAUUUAAGUGCAGAUAAUUCUUUUGACCUAUCUUAAGUUACAAGUCUGCAGUUAGUCUUUAUCUUUCUCUAAUGUAUUGAUAUUUUGAAUUUGCCAACAGUCGUGAAGCUAUUUGACCUUUCCACUAAAAGGUGAACCAUGACUGCUUGUUAUUUCUUUUAUCUAACAUUUCUCUCCAGUUAAUUCAUUUUCUUUAGAUUUGACAUGGCUCAUAUACCUUGUUUUCUAACAUGCAUCACAUAUAUAAACAGAAUCUGAAGAAAGGCUGCUAAAUUAGUAUACCUGUGUGUAACAUUAAGUCACUGCUGAAGUUAAAUAAAAAAAAACCAAACAGCAGAGACAACAAAAAGUGAGAUCAAAUACUGGUAACAUCCAAACAGACAUACUGAUGAGUGUUUGAAAUGCUCUCUUUCUCUGAUCUCUGACUCCACCUCCAGCAGCAACACCUCAUUCACCUUAAAAAGUCCUCAUCAAGCUGCAGAGCACACCCACUAAUGUCCCAUUGUCCCCACAGGACAUAAAUCCACACCUGGUUGCUGCAGGCCCACAUUUGCUUUCGGUCAAGAGGUGUAUCCUGUGUCAGUUCUGGAGUUUGAUCUGUUUGACUCUUGGGAUGAAACUGCAGACAAAGAUGGAGAAGAGCGGAUCUUCAGGCUGUGGAUCUCAGCAGCGUUUGUUCAAGAAGAGCACCACCUACCUGGCAAAGAUCGCUGUGGUUUUGCAGGACGCACCAGGAAAGAUGCUCACCUUUCCUCAGGUAGGAACAGCACAUAUACUAGAAAACUCAUAUAUGGUGUCAAACAGAGUAAAAUAUGUAAAUGCAUGAUUUUUGUUAGGAUUUCCUGGAGCCCUAACAGAGUUUUCAUACCUUCAAGGAACAUUUAGUGCAUUUGAUAGCUCCCAUUGGUGUUUUCAUGGCAGAUGACGGUCCAGAAAUUAUUUAUUAGAUGUUGCACAGUGUGAAUCAAAGUUACAAGUCAACAAACAUGAACUGAAACAGCAAUAUUUAUGAGCUUUACCAAUUUCUUUUCAUCUAUUUGAAAUCAAGCCAGAGUUUUUACAAAGAACCCAUGGCAUGACUUUAAAAAAAAAAACAGUUUUUAAUUGCUAUAGGUUUGUAUAAUGGGAUUUCUCAGGGCAUACUUUCAGCCCUCAGAGAGUUUGUAAGAAUUGUGUUGAAGAGAGUAAAGUGCUACUCAGGUUGAAUCUAGAAGUCCUGUCAGGGAUUUACCAAAUGUUUAUAUCGUUGUUUGAGGGGUUACAGCGGCCAUCCUUACAGCUGCAAGCAUAUCCAUAGGGAUAAGAAGUAGAUUAACACAUUUCACCCAUGUAGAGGACAGUGGGGUAUGUUGAGCAGAAGGGUAAGUUGAGCCAACCCCUGUUGCUUAGAAAUGGUAAAAGAAAUUGAUCAUGUGACCAAAUAUUUAGGAGAUGGGCAUUUACUCAUGGAGUCUGUGAAGGUAAGAAGCACAUGGGCUAAGGGGUUAGACAUUUAUUUCCAAAAAAUAUUUUUCACUCUUGAAAGUGAAUUUAGUCUGUCAUAAGUUGAAUUAGAAUCGUGUUCAAACCAAAAAAGAUCAUUUUAAAUUUGUUUUAUACAUCAAUUGUGGUAUCUAUGAGCUACAACAUGAGGUCAAAAACCUAAAAUAAAAGUCCACCAUUUUAUCUUAGAACACUGAUAAAGUCACAAUAGUCAUUCUGGGGUAAAUUAAGCCAGUGACUCAACUGAGAAAGUAAAGAAGUCUGAUGAAAGGAUCAGAGUUUCAGUUCAGAUUGUUGAAAUGUGUUACUUUUUCUUUUCAAAAUUGCAGCUGUGAAUGUUCUGAAUCACUUAAAGGCAUUCUCAUGUUAAAAUGACUUUUUACAAAACAUCUUUUUAGCAGUUAUAUUCAAUAAUAAUAAAAAGAGUUAUUAUACUAGUUGAAAAGCAUGUAAAAGAUAAUAAUACACAUGAAUGUGAAGAAGUGACUGUUAUCUAGGGAGAGAGAAGGUGAGGGAGGGCUGGUGUGGAAGGUGGGGGGUAGUAGGGAUACGGCUCAACUUACCCCGCUCCUAUGGUCAACUUACCCCAUACUCAGGGUAAAUUGACCAUAGGAGACCACUUCAUUUGGCAUGCUAUAUUAUCAAGACAGUUAUGUUUACACUCAUUCUGUUGAUUUGCAGGGAUGAACAACAUCUUGAAAUAUAUGCAGAUACAGCAGUUAGAGACAAAACUGUGAUUGCCUCGAUGUUGUGAUCCGAAAGAUGAAAAAUGGCUUAUCUUACCCCACUCCCCCCUAUCUUAAUAUCUUAAUCUGGUGUUUUGCAGUUGAUGGCGAAGCUGCAGCCGAUCGUUAGUGGAGAAAGACGAAUUGUGGAGGGCAACAUCAGAGUCUGUUUAUCUUCCAACAACUGUUUUGUCAAGGUGAGUUUUCAUCCCUAAAUGAUAUCAUGCCAAACGCCUUUGGUGAAUUUUGCACUAAUCCUCAUCCUUGCUCUUUGUGUUUUCAGAUCCCACUGAUCAUAGACUUCAUAGACAGCAAGAGAAACUACUGGAAGCUGGACGUCAGUCAGGUCACACCCAAGAUGGUUCGUCGUCACUUCAAAGGGCUCCUGCAGCUCUUCCCUGAGUUGGCCUGCAAAGUGGAGACACCAGAACAGAGCAGCCCUGCUCCCCUCUCUCCUGAAUCCUCAUCCUACAGCACCGAGCAGAUCAGAUGUGAGGUGAAGUUCAGCGGCCCCUUCUCCAUUGAGUCGCUCCUAAAGAGAGACAGUACCCCUCCCCGGGCCCCCGUUCCGUGCAGUGUGUCUGUCAGAGCUGAACAGCAGGGGGUCAUGAAGAAGAUGAGCUUGAGCUGGGACUCUGAGCAGCUCCUCCAGCAGGCCUCAGAUAGUAGUUACCCUGUCGUUUCAGCAGAGGGCGGCACACACCAUGGACUUUGUAAACCCAUCAGGAGGACUCAUGUGUACUCCUCCUUUCCAGUCUACAGCAGAGCUCAUUACAACAUCCCAAACUCUGGUUACAUCACCCAUUCUCUACCAGCGUCUACCCAUGAUGCUCUGCGGUUUUGUUAGUAAAUAUGUGUCAGCGUCCAAACUGCACUUUUAUAUGUUUAAUGUUGGACUGAGGUAGAUUUUUCUAAAAAAUCUGGGGACCUUUCCAAUCCUACAGGACCUGUUUUAGGUCUCAUUUAUGUCCUGUUACCUACAAUUUCUCUUAUUUAUGGCUGUAUUUAGUUUGUUUCAGCUGAAUGAGAAGAGAGUAUUUCUUUGACUGACUUGUUGACAGAUUCAUUAUUUUUUAUACAUAUUUUUUUUAGCGUCGUUUAUAUUCUGUGUUUGACCCCUAGAUGGCAGGGCAGCAUUUUUUUUGUGUGUUAAAUGCGACUUUUUUAAAAAACGUUCAGCCUUGGGUAUAAACAUAUUAAAAGUGUUUUUCUCCUACA